CGCACAUGCAUCAUAGCCUCUCAUUCGUGCGUGUUGUCUGUCAUUUACGAACGUAAUUCUUUACUUUUUAGACCACCGACUAAAAGAUAUUGCGAUGGCCCGUCUGUUGUGGAGUUCCGAAAAUGCAGUUUGUAUAAGUGACUCAUCUUUUGUGGUUGUCUGCAAUGGAUCAUCUUCCAACCCUGUAUACAAGGAGACGCGCAGGAAACCAGAGGCAGUGCAGCAAUCGGACACAAACAAAGCAUCAUCAACGGAAGAACAGAAACCUCCAAAAGUACCCAGGGGUGACCAAGGCCAAACUGACAGCGACCCAAGCCACUUUCCGACAGGCAGGAUUCUAGCAAGUCGUUUUUCACCGAAUGGCAAGUAUUUUGCACUUUGUGAUGACUUCAAGACAUUGUCUCUCUACUCCGUAGAUGGUUGGAAUCUUCUCAGCACUAGGAUGACACCGAAGCGCUGCAUGUCCCUUGCGUUCAGUAACUCAGAGAAUGAGUUGUAUGUGGCAGACAAAUUUGGUGACGUCUACUGCUUCUCGGUAUUGGAACCCGAACAAGAAGGAUGUUUAAAACUUGGUCAUCUCUCAAUGCUUCUAGAUAUGGAAGUGUCUAAAGACGAUAAGUUUAUCUUGACGUCAGAUCGAGAUGAGAAGAUCAGAGUUAGUUGUCUCCCUAAUGCCUACAACAUCCACGCAUUCUGUCUCGGCCAUACAGAAUUUGUUAGUAGAAUCGCCAUCAUGCCUGGCUUUGACAAUGUUUUGGUUUCGGGUGGUGGGGAUUCCACACUCAGAUUUUGGGAUUAUGUUCAAGGAAGACAGCUCCAUUGUGAGCCUCUUCAGUCACCUGAUGUGUCACAUGAUGACGAGAGUCAGCCCCAGAUCAUCACUGGUAUUGCUUGCUGCGAGAAACAUGGACUGGUUGCAGUAACGUUGCUAGGCUCCCCUGGUAUUUUAAUGUUUCAUAUCGAACGGAGUGGAGGAAGCGUCAGUGUCAAACGGCUCUCCACCAUAAACGUAGAGGCUGUUUGUUGGUCGGUGUGUUUUGAUGUCUUAGAUAGACUAUGGGUUAUCAGACAGCUCGAGACAGAGACAGUCAUCACUUACGCCAUUCAGGAAUCUUCAGAAGGAGCUACGUUACAACGAUUCGCUACUUCAGAGAAGGUCUCAUCGUAUCUGAAUAGUGACUGGAGCUUCUUUAAAAGUGCUCUUGACACGCCAAGUCCGUACGCAAACCUCUACAAGAGGAGUUUUGACAACACCAAGGCGUAUAUGGAACGGAAACAGCAAAGAAUUCAAGAACAACAGGAGAAGAAGAGCUCAAAGAGUAAGACUCCGAGAUCACCACUGGAGAAAAGAGCGAAAUUAGACAUGGACACUAAAACAGCAGAAAGUGGAAGUUGAUGAUAUGAUUGAACAACAAAAUAGACAUUUUUAUCUGCUACUUUAUAAAAAAACACCUUGCACUGACUCCAACUGCGGCUACUAUCGGCAAAUGAUCUGCCAUUUGAGGAGUCUUGGCUCAAGACCUUCCUGUUAUUAAUAUCUUCGCCACAAGAGACUGCUAUAAUGGGAGUCCUCAUCUUCCGCCACAAGAGGGCGCACUCUCAUCAGAGUCUGCUUUCAUAGGGGAGUCCGCUUCUGUACCAGGUCGCUCGAGAUGCUAGCAGUUUAUGUUGAUACCGCCCUCUAUUGGCGACUCUAUCAGCAAGGG